UGGUUCACGCACCUCGUAUCUCGAAGUAGAUGUUAGCUGCGAGCUCGCAAUGUUGUCACUUUGCAGAAACGUUCUUGCUCGAAGCAGACUUCUCUCUUCUGGACUGGACUCGACUUGCAGUAAGGCCUGCAGAAAGUUGACCGACAAGCGCUUCAAUGUUCCUGUGAGCGCCGAGUUCGUGGCUCGCGUGUCGGGUGUCCCGACCAUGGCUCGGUUACCCUUCCAGGAGAGCGCGGAGGGGCUGGACGCAGCCUUCAUCGGAGUUCCCACUGACUCGGGAACUUCCAACCGACCUGGAACAAGGUUCGGCCCGCGUCAGAUCAGGACAGAAUCCAGUCUCCUGAGGGCGUACAACAGCGGCACCCGGGCCGCUCCUUACGAGUCCCUGAUGGUGGCGGAUAUCGGAGACGUCAACGUGAACCUCUACGACUUGAAGGACACAUGCAAGCGCAUCAGAGAGGCGUACAGAACCAUCCUGGCCACGGGCUGCAUCCCCCUCACCAUGGGUGGAGACCACACUAUUGCGUACCCCAUUCUUCAGGCCGUCGCUGAAAGGCACGGCCCAGUAGGUCUUGUCCACGUGGAUGCUCACUCCGACACUGGCGACGUGGCUUUGGGAGAGAAGAUCACUCACGGAUCUCCAUUCAGGCGAUGCGUGGAGGAGGGUCUACUGGACUGCAAGAGGGUGGUCCAGAUCGGCCUGCGCGGCACCGGCUACUCCCCAGAUUCUUAUGAAUGGAGUCGUGCGCAGGGGUUCCGUGUGGUCCAAACUGAGGACUGUUGGCAUAAAUCUCUCACACCUCUGAUGGAAGAGGUCAGGGCUCAGAUGGGUAGCGGUCCGGUGUACCUCAGUUUUGACAUUGACGGGCUCGAUCCGGGAUUUGCACCAGGAACUGGAACGCCGGAGAUCGCAGGAUUGACCCCAAUACAGGGUUUGGAGAUUAUCCGGGGCUGUCGUGGCCUGAACCUGGUUGGCUGUGAUCUGGUGGAGGUGUCUCCGCCCUACGACACAACUGGAAACACAGCGUUGACUGCUGCCAAUCUGCUUUUCGAAAUGCUGUGUGUCCUUCCAAAUGUUAAAUACUACUGAUCUUGUUAAACAGAUCAAUGAACAGUGACAAUAAUAAUCAGAUUAAGAACAAGUGGGUUAAUGGGCCACUCUAAAACCUUCCGAAUGUCUCGUUCGCAAGAUCAUUUUGCUUUCUAAAUGUUUCCAUGCAGUGUUUCAGGUUGAAGUUGCCCUUUGGAUGACGGCAUGUUAUGUGCAAAGUCAGAGGAUGAAACCAUCAGCCUUCAGUCAUUUGAGAAUCAAAUUCGUUUUACGACACAUAAAUCCACAUGAUGCAAACUUGUAUUUAGGUGUACAAGUACAAGAGGUUGUAACAAAAUUAUUAAAGAUCUUUAUUGCAA